AUGUCCGACCGAGAAGGCAGCGCAGGCUCCCUCCUCACCUACCGCAGCCAGCCCAGCUCGGAGGGCAGCCCCCGCGGAGGCGACGACAACAUCCCCCGCGAACAAGGGAUGCCAAAACAAGAACUCCGCCAAGACGAAACACAACGACAACGACAUCCAGAACCAGAACAAGGAGAACCAUCAUCACGUCCUACCCCUCCCAGCCCCAAACCAGAACAGCAGCGGACACGAACACCAAGUCCCCAAUUUCAAGAAUCAUACUCCCCUAUCCAAAGAUCACCGCGUGGUCAGCGCGUCCGGUUUAAGUCUAAUGCGGGAUUCCAGCAGAAUCCGCCGAGGAGUCCCUCGACUGAGGAUGAACGCACGGAGGCCGAGAAGACGAAAAGGAACGAACAGCCACAUCGACCGUCGACGCCGUUCGAGCAUGGAUCUACAGAUAUUGCUGAUAUCCCGCUGAGCCAGCGGACGACGGAGGCUGAGGAACCGCAGCAGAAAGAAAGUGUUGAGAAGAAAGCGGAGCAUGAGAUCGAAAGCGAGGCAGAGGAGGCUGAGCAAAGCUUCAAGGAUCGCGCUAAGGCUACGUAUGAUGCGAUGAAGAGGAAAACUCUCAAGUUCCUGGCUAUGCUGGGACGCGAGGAGCAUGGCGGUGAUGAUUUGAGUCCAGGAGUUUAUCACGCUGACUGGGGUGGCGGGGGUGAUGUCCCCGUGUCAGACGUCACGGAUGAUAAACAUAAAUCUCACGAGGAGAAAAAGAAACAGCAUGCAAACGUGAAUUCCGAAGCGCAUCGACUCGUCCGAGAACUCAACCAGGACCAAUCCGCGCAUCGCCGCAACGCCCGCGGAAAGCCCUAUCCACACCAAGGCUCAGAAAUACAAGAUACAGGAUCAGGAAUUGAGUCGGGCCUUCGCUACCGCUCCGGUGGCGGCGGCGUCCUCUCCCAACUAAUGAAGCUCAACAACCCCCAACAAGACGGCGGAAGACCGGCAGGGAGGUCAUCAAGCGAAGCAUCAACGCCAGUAGCCUCCGGCACAACGACACCCCGCAAAGACCGACCAAAAUGGUACAAAAAGCAACAAAACCUCUCCACAACAACUUUAGGGUCACAGGCAAGAAGCGGAGCCAGCACACCAGUCGGCAGCGAGUCUCUCUCCGCAGCCUCGAAACGCCAAUCCAAACAACCAGACCACAAAAGACUAGAAGACGAGAUCCGUGUCACAAUCCACAUUGCCGAGAUCAUCGCCCGCCAGAGAUACAUCAUGCAGCUCUGCAGGGCACUCAUGAAAUUCGGCGCUCCGACACACCGUCUUGAAGAAUACAUGCAAAUGACAGCGAAAGUCCUCGAAGUAGAUAGCCAGUACCUAUACCUACCGGGGUGCAUGAUAAUGUCCUUCGACGAUCCGUCGACGCGGACAACCGAGGUAAAACUCGUCCGUGUAGCACAGGGCAUCGAUCUAGGCCAACUAGCAAACACACACGCGGUGUACAAAAACGUCGUCCAUGACAUCUACGGCGUUGAAGAGGCAAUACAGGAACUAGAAGAAAUCAUGAAAAAGAAACCCCGCUUCAACAAAUACAUCGUCGUCUUCGUCUACGGCCUCGCAACAGCGUCAGUCGGCCCCUUUGCCUUCCAAGCCAGACCAAUCGAUAUGCCCAUCAUCUUUUUCAACGGCUGUCUCCUAGCAGUCAUGCAGCACGUCAUCGCUCCCCGUUCAGUCCUCUACUCCAACGUCUUCGAAGUAACAGGUUCGGUACUUACAUCCUUCCUCGCUCGCGCCUUCGGGUCCAUCCGCCACAACUCCGAAUUCCUCUUCUGCUUCUCCGCCAUCUCACAAUCCUCCAUCGCACUCAUCCUCCCGGGUUUCCUCGUCCUCUGCUCCUCCCUAGAACUUCAAUCGCACCAAAUCGCCGCCGGCUCCAUCCGCAUGGUCUACGCAAUUAUCUACUCCCUCUUCCUGGGCUAUGGUAUAACAGUCGGCACAACAAUCUACGGGCUAAUCGACCCCGCUGCGACAUCUGAGACCCAAUGCUCGAAAACAGGAGCCUUCAAGAACCCCUACGUCCAGCGAUUCCCGUUCGUCGCGCUCAUGGUCGUCUGGAUGGUCAUUAUAAAUCAGGGGCGGUUUAAGCAGAUUCCCCCGAUGCUGGUUAUCGCGGUGGCCGGGUACGUGACGAAUUACUUCUGCACAGAAACCCUCGGGUCAAAUAGCCAGGUUGCAAAUACAGUCGGUGCGUUUACAAUAGGCGUCUGCGGAAAUCUAUACUCGCGUCUCUGGCACGGACACGCAGCAACAGCCAUUCUGCCUGGCAUAUUCGUGUUAGUCCCGAGUGGUCUUGCGGCGACGGGGAGUUUGAUCUCUGGCGUGCGUUCUGCGGAUCAGAUACGGUCGAGCGUGGGGCAGAAGGGGGGAGGUGGCACUGGAGGGUCGGGGGAUACGAGUGUGACGAACUUGGGGUUUGGGAUGAUUCAGGUUGCGAUUGGGAUUACGAUUGGGUUGUUUUUAGCGGCAUUGAUUGUUUAUCCAUAUGGGAAGAGGAGGAGUGGGUUGUUUAGUUUCUAG